AGAAGUGCCUCUGAAGUGGAGGAUUGGGUUGUGCAGAUAAACUUCGCCUGUGCGCGGUUCUCGUCCCGAGCCCUUCCGCCACCCGCGUGUUCGGGAGGUGCAUUCUCAAGAACCCGGUUGCCAAAGCUGCCAAGUUCGGCACCAUUGGCACAACAGCUGAAGGCUCACGAAUCAGCCGCCUGUGAACUUCGGGAACAGUUGUCGCUAGUUCGGGCGGAAGCUCCGCCACUCAAGGCUAAAGGUCGACCUGUAGAAGAGUUCUUCUUCAAAGAGCGUUAUUUAACACAGGAGAUCCUCCGCUAUGACACCUACUGCCGUUUGCUACGAUCCCGUCUACCUGGUGGUGGUUGUGAACUUGGCGGGGCACCUUCUGAUUCCACCUCUGGAGUACAUUCCAAAUCCGAUAUCGCUGAUGAUUUGGACAAGAUGAGCUAUCGUGAAGCACUAAAUCAUCAUUGA